CAGCAAGUCCCGAGCUCGUCUUGACUCUCCGCUCUCAGACUUCAGUCUUUUCCUCUGCCGAUCCAACUUUCGCAUCGUCCCUCCCGCCGGCAAGAUGAUGUCCUCCAAGCUGAUGCGGCCAGCUUUCGCCGCUGCCCGUCGCACAGUCCCUAGAACAGCUGUCCGAACAUACGCUGCUCCCGCCGCCGUAGACACGAAGCCUCCAGUACCUUUGUUUGGACUCGACGGGACUUACGCAAAUGCUCUGUAUACGGCGGCUGCCAAACAAGGCUCCUUGGAGCCGACGGCCAAAGCUCUCAGCAGUCUAGAACAGAUCUUCAAGACAGAUGCCAAACUCCCCCAAAUUCUCGCCGCUCCCACCCUCUCCGAAACCGAUAAGUCACAGAUCAUUGCGGAACUGGAAAAGCACACCGGAGCAUCGGAUAAAUCCAACACCGUCAAGAAUUUUCUGCAAACGCUGGCGGAGAACAACCGGUUGGGUCUGCUCGAGGGAGUGUGCGAAAAGUUCGGCACCCUGAUGAGCGCCGCAAGAGGAGAGGUAGAAUUGGUUGUGACAAGCGCCUCGAAACUUGACGAUAAACUCCUUCGCCGCCUCGAAGCUGCCAUUGCCAAAUCCGAAUAUAGCCAAGGCAAGAAGCUAAAGGUCGUCACGAAAGUCAACCCGGAUAUUCUCGGCGGGCUGGUGGUGGAGAUUGGCGAGCGAACGAUUGACCUCAGCGUUUCAAGCAAGAUUGCCAAGUUGAACAAGAUGCUCACCGAGACUGUGUAAAAUUAUCCUGCAUCAUUGAGACUUCCGGAAGCAUGGACUUGACUGGUGAGGAGGUCACGCUUUGGGGUGAGCACGGUAGCACCUUUUUGAAGGUGAGAACCAGAGACACUAGACAGGCUGUAGGGUGGUCAUGUAUAUAACCAAUCCAGUUCUUUCGUCCUGACCACAUCGACCAGCUUUCAGCUUCUGAUCUAUUCAAGGAUUUGCCAAG